UCUGUUCUUCUAUAUCACAGCCCUUUGUUCAUUGCGCUGUGUUUUGGGUUCUUCUAUUUGCUCUCAUGAAGCUGAUGUGUUCAUUAAAAGUCUCCACUUUCAAUGCUCUCCCUCGAUCUCUCCAAUUCCCCCUCUCAAGCUCUGUGGUAGCAUCAACAUGUUGAUGAGAUUGUGGCUGGAAAAGAAUCUAUAUGGCUUCAUGACUGGGAAUGCAAAUUUUGAUCUCCGACUCUCUUCUAAGCACAAAUGACCUGAACUAUUGCAACUUAAUACUUGUCCCUAUCAUAAACACGUUCUAGCACCAUCUCCUACUGUUGAAUUUUUUUAUGCUAUUUGUCAUGUAAAGAAACUUUCCUGCUAGGCAUAGCUUGCACGAUCUUUUAUCCAUAUUAUAACAUAAAUUUAUGGUCAUCCUUUUCUUAGCAUUUAAAAGGCCAUUGUUCUGCAUAAACUGUUUAAAAUUUGUUUCUUCAUUUGUGUGCUACCAUGCAUUACACAACACCUUUGAGCCCCCCAAAGUCUACAGUUUGCAUUCUCCUAAAGGAAGGUUUUGUGUUGCACUAAUGUGCUAGUAUGAUGCAUGUCAUAAUUUAUAAUGGGUUAAUUAGGUAGUACCUUAAAAUUAACAAAAAUACUUUGAGUUAUUAUGGAUUGGAAGAAAGUAUGCAUGAAAAAAUUUCAUAAUUUUAUAACUUUGUACCUUAUGGGUAUUAUUUUCCAACGUGGUUGUUGCUUGAACCAUUGAAAAUAUUGUUCCUUUGGGUCGUUCAGAUUGGGGAGAAGAUACCUUUAUUUUUGCCACCAAUUAUCUUUGUGGUGACUAGUUUUGAGUAUGGGUUGGAACACAAACUCAUUUGCAUUUUUUCAUCAGAUUAUCUUCUGCAAUGAAGUUUCUAGAGUUUUUGUGUUAGCGGAGAUUUUUGAUAAAUUUGCAAAGGCGUUGUCUAAUAGGCCCUUGGAGAAGGAACUAUCAUAAACUGUUACCUUUAUACUCUUAUGUCAAGGUAGGCCUCUACUAUACCAGUAGGUGGAGGAAUCAUAAGUAUCCUUUAAAAACAGAUUAAUCCGUCCUUAUUUAUGUCACUUUUUUGUAAAUUAGGCGUCUUUGGUCUCCAAAUACUGGUUUUAGAAGAGAUAUGUAUUGAUGUCCAUUAGGGAUUUAAAUUGCAGUUGUGGCACGUUUUCAGUUGCUUCACGUUGAUUAAAGUUGCAGAUAUGAUGGAUGAGAUAGCAGUAGUCAUGCUCAUUGUGGUCGUGAAUUUUUGUCGUAUGCAAAACUCACCCCAAAAUAAAGUAAAUAAUAAUUGUAACCAUGAAAACUCUUAUUUUAAGAUAGGUAGUUACUUUUACCUUAAUUGAAGCAUAAAUUUGUUGGAGUUUGAAUGUUUAGAUUGGUUUUUUUUUCUCUAUUUUGGGUAUGGAUUUGCCUUUGGAUAAAAAAAUGAAAAAAAAAAAAAAACUAUUUCACAAGCACAACAGCUUGAUAGUGGAUAUAGCAGCCCAUUAUUGCUUCUAUUUCCCAUUAUGCCGCUAUGAGUGUGAAUCGUCUCUAACACUACCAUCGUGAUGAAUAGUGGCUUUGGAGGGCAUCAUUAUUGCGAAAAAGCAACCACUACACCAUAACAUGACUGCUAUAUAAAUCCCUAAUGUUUGCAGCUUAAAUCAUAAUAUAUAUCUAUCCUACUUUUGCCCCUUCCAAACCUGAUAGUAAGAAAUCAAGCAAAAAAUGUUUCUUUCAUGAGUACCUUUUCAGGAUAUAUGAUGCCAAAAGGGAAAAGAAAAGUGAAAUAUUAUUACCCUAAAUGGGUGUAGGAGAUAUAGGACCUCGAUGACCUUCUCCUGAUCAAGGAUAAUAAUAUCCAUGAAAAUGAGUGCCCAUGCAAGCAUGUAUCCAUCCAAGUUUCUUAAGGUGAAUGGAAACUUCCUGGACAGAGCUUUGGCUUCCAAACAGAGGAAUGGUUACACUGCUGUGCUUUUUUAUGCUUCCUGGUGCCCUUUUUCAUGCAGUUUGCGCCCAAAAUUUGGCAUUCUAAGUUCUAUGUUCCCUCAAUUUGAGUAUCUGAUGGUUGAACAAUCUUCAGCUUCACCAAGUUUAUUUUCAAGGUAUGGAAUUCGUAGUUUGCCAUCAAUUUUAAUUGUGAACCAGACGUCAAGUGUGCGAUAUCGGGGUCCGAAAGAUCUCCCCUCAAUUGUGCAAUUUUAUGAAAAAGUAACAGGAUUUGAACCAGUUCAAUAUGUUGCUGAAAACAAGCAGGUUGUAUCUGGGAACCACAAUAGAUAUAUGAUACGGUCAUGGAAUGAGUCAUUCCUAAUGGAGAUAGUAAAACGGGAGCCCUACUUAGCAUUUGCCGUGCUGUUUCUCUGUUUAAGAGUACUUUUAUCCAUAUUCCCUGAAGUUUUAUCUUGUCUGAAAGCUUUCUGGGUUUCAUAUGCUCCGCACUUGAACUUGGAAAUAUUUGGUGAGACAAGUCAAUUGUUUGCACGAGCCCUUCACAUGGUUGAUGUGAGGAGAGUUUGGACCAAACUGAGGCUAUGCAAGACCAGGAAUUUUCAUCAAGGUGCAAAGAGUGCCCGUGUUUGGGCUUCUUCGCUGGCUUCUGUCUCUUUGGGCAAAUCUUCUGGUCGAUCAUCAUCCUCAUCCUAGGUUGGAGGUUACAGAACUGAGCUAAAGCAUAGAAAAGAGCUUAUCGACCAGACAGUGUAUUACAUACCGCUGUGAUGCUUUGGGACAUGUAGUCCCCCCACUUGCUGUGCUCUUCAUGUUAAAUUCUAUCGAUAGUCUUGAUAGCUAAAGCUGUUGACCGUGUUGGAGUUGGGGUUUGUAUUUUUGGGAGGAAACCAACUAGAAUGUAAAUCUGAGAACAGUUUUUGUUUUUGUGUAUAUUUCUUGUUAUUUGGAGGAACAUCUCUACGUCACACAUCAUUGGAAUGUAACCUUGCUCAACUACUCCUCUCUCUCUCUCUCUCUGUUGUAGACCUAAAGGUAUUAUGUUAGGAUAAUGAUGGUUUUCCAUUCAA